AUGGAAACGCUGCCAAACCCAGCCGUCGUCCCGCAUUUCGAAUCUUCUCUUCCCUCUGCCCCUCCUUCUCUAUCGAUCCCGGUCUACGACAAAACACCCGAGACAACCCGCGAAAAUGCGAGGCAAACUCUGAACCAGAAGGCGUUCAACGAACUCUUUGGGCUGAUACGAAGAGGUGCCAAGGAUCUUCUGCACUGUACGAGCGGCAGAGGAGACCGGACCGUCGGCUCUGUCACGGGCCGAGACGCAUUCACGCCCUUGACCGCCGAGCAAAUACUUGCCCUUCUCGACGAGAGCGAACUCGAAGCCAUGACCGAGAUAUCGAAUACCAUCGGGCAUAACCUCGCCCGCAUCAUGUUCAUGGCGGACGGCAGGGGCGACAGGGCCGAACACCGAAGCCGAAGCAGAUUGAGGCGGAGGCUGCAUUACGCGGGGUCGUCGAAGCACAACAAGCUCACCGUCUUUAGCACCACGUCGCACCGAAGCCACUACCCAUCCUCCGUCGCGCCGCCCCUUCCUCCCAAUCAAUCCCCAGCGCCGCCGAACCCGGACGAGGAAGACAACAACAUGGACGAGGAAGACAACAACAUGGACGAGGAAGACAACAACAUGGACGAGGACGAGGACGCCGAAGAGCCUUUGCCGCUGCGGCUGCAGGUCAUGUGCCACGACUGCAGAGCUGAAACGACGCCCAGAUGGCGGAAGGGUCCGGAUGGGCCAGGCACGCUGUGCAAUGUCUGCGGACUGCUUUAUGCGAAGCGUAUGCGCAGGUUGGUGUACACGGAACGCAGCUUCCGACGUCGAGGGCGACGCAUCCGCUGA